GCGGGGCCCGGGCGGGCGGCUCGGAGAGCUCAGCGCCCCGGGCGCAAGUCUAGUCGCGGAGGCGAACCAGUGGACUCGUCUAAGAGCAACAUGGCUGACAGCAAGGCCAAGCCUGCCAAAGCUGCCAACAAGACACCACCCAAGUCCCCGGGAGACCCAGCCAGGGACAAGACUGCCAAGAGGUUGUCACUGGAGUCAGAGGGUGCCAACGAGGGGGCAGCUGCAGCCCCUGAGCUCAGUGCCCUGGAGGAGGCCUUCCGGCGGUUUGCCGUACACGGGGACACCAGGGCAACGGGAAAGGAGAUGCAUGGCAAGAACUGGUCCAAACUGUGCAAAGACUGCCACGUGAUCGAUGGGAAGAAUGUGACUGUCACGGAUGUGGACAUUGUCUUCAGCAAGAUCAAAGGGAAGUCCUGCAGGACCAUCACCUUCGAGCAAUUCCAGGAGGCGCUAGAGGAGCUGGCCAAGAAGCGGUUCAAGGAUAAGAGCAGCGAGGAGGCUGUGCGUGAGGUGCACCGGCUCAUUGAGGGACGAGCGCCAGUCAUCUCUGGUGUCACGAAAGCUGUGUCCUCACCUACGGUGUCACGGCUCACAGACACAACCAAGUUCACAGGCUCCCACAAAGAGCGCUUUGACCAAUCAGGAAAGGGCAAGGGCAAAGCUGGCCGCGUGGACCUGGUGGAUGAGUCAGGUUAUGUGCCUGGCUACAAGCAUGCAGGCACCUAUGACCAGAAGGUGCAGGGGGGCAAGUAGCCUUAUAGGCCGAAGCUCUGAACACUGCAGGUGCCAGGCACAGGACUGAAACCCAUUGCACUUCAUUACAUUCCUAUGUUCAACUGGGCAGAACUCAAAAUGCACCUCCCCUAGGCAAUGGUGGGGGCAGUGCCCAGGCCUCCUCCUGCUGGGUGCUUUGACACUUCUCUCUCAGACCCCAGGUGUGGGCCGCGAUUCAUUGUCCUUUCCUAACAUACCUGCUCUGUCCACAGCUGGGAAGUGGACUGCUAUUUCCAAACUGUCUCCCAGGAUCAUACCACACUGGCCACUUGAUCUGCAGGUAACAGGGGGUGUUUGAGGCAUUGGUAGGCAUAAGGAUGAGCAGAGCAGACAUCAGAACUCACACUGACUUAUCCAGACACUUCUAGGGCAGUGGGAGCUAAGGAACUAACCAAGUGCAUAGAGUAAUCCUAAACAGGCCUCUUUCCUGACCACGGGAAGUGACUGACACUACUGGUUGUUGUGUCACUGUGUAUGUGGAACAGCUCACAUUAGUACACAUGUGCACACAAACACACACAGACACGCACACACAUAUACGUGCUCAUCAACCAAGUCUGUGCUGAGAGUGGUCAAGAGACAAUGGACGCCUGGUGACCAGGGGAGUGACUUGGAACAUGAAGCUGGAAGAUUUUCAGUGCCGUUCUGAGAAAGGCUAAGACUAUGUGCUUGGUCUCAAGAGUGAUCCACAGAGACCCAAAACAUGAAGCUGCCAUGACUUUCUCCUUGUCCUGUCCCAUUAUCAGCUUGGGACACACAGGAUGCUGAGACAUUUGGUCAGGACCAGGCCUGUGCAGUUGUUCUACUGGGUUGAGAUGGGAGCUUUUGCCAAGGCAAGUUAUGCUGUGCCUUGUUCAAAAGUAUGUAUCUUCAGCUUAUGAAGCCACCUCUGGGCUCAGUUUUCCUAACCUUUCUCUUGAGUGCAAAUGCAGGGCACUGGACAUUAGAACUAGCCCCCCAAAAAGACUUGUAGCAUUUACUAGGGGUUCUUUUUCUGCCACAGGAGAGAACACACGACUCAGCUCAUCCAUGUGUGAGGGCACCACUUAGGCAGGCCCAAAGGCAUGAGCCACUAUCAUUACAGUCCCACAACAACUGUUCCUUUGCAUUAACACAACCCUACCCUUGCAUGAAAAUGAAACUUGCUGAACUAUGUGGUCUUGUUCUUAGAAAGCACCCGCAGUGGUCUCAGGACAUGGCUACCAGCGCAGGUGGUUGUUGAGGAUGGGACAUCUUACAUGGCUUGGCACAGCACAAGUAGACAGCAAAGAUGCCUUCCUCAUGGUCACAGCACAGUUGCAUUAUUCACUCCUCUGGGGCCUAGAGAGCAUGCCUUCACUGCAGCAUGAGGGAAGACUGCCUACUAACCUGAGCGAGAAAGACAAGCCCCUCAACACAGCCACAACUGGAGGGUGGAGACAGUCCAGUAGUCAAUGUCGUCCAAAGAUUCUGGGAGUCUGCAGUACCUGGCAUUAAAAACCAAGUAAUGGCGCCUCCAUUCUGAAAUCUGACCUUGCUGGUCUGGUGAAAUAAAAGGACACUGGUACUUCUCACACCCUCCUCCAGAACCCCUAGUCCCCACAUGGCUGGUAGUCUCUUGAUCUGAGGCUGUUCUUUUCUACUGCCUAUGAACAGCCUAGUUGAGUGAAUUGGAACACAUGCAAACCCAUCAGGAGGUGACUGCAUAUCAGGUCAGGGCAGAGGGACAGGCUAGGGUAGUAUCUGAGGAUCCCCAUACCAUGCAGUGGUCAGAUGUUUUCCUGACCCCGUAGUGUAUUCUAGACACAGCCUCCUAUUCAAAGGGCUGAGAUGCUGGACUGAUAUCCAGAUGAAGAUCCAGACCAAACCCUCGGUUGCCUGCCUAGGAGCAUCUAGGAAACAAUGCAAAUGUGCAGCCUCAUGGAGGAGAUUCGCUAUCAACUGGCCACCUCGCCUAAGGGCUGGGGACUGAACAGAACAGCGCAGAGUGGCAAGUCCAUAAAGGUUCUGGGCAGAAGGCCAGAACUACCAUCUCAGCUCCCAGCCCUCACCCCCAAUGACAUCCUCGGUAGAAGAUAAAAACUUCAGAAUGCAUUUGGGUCUGGGUAGUUGUUCCACCAGUGUGAGAUGGGAGUUUUUGCUCUGAUACAACUUGGGCUCUGUAAAUGAAAACUGGGUCACUGCCUUGCUGGCCCUCACUGUCCUCGCACAGAACCUAAGGACAGUUCUAGGCCCUCCCAUGUAGUCCCUUGGUAGCACCCAGAAUUACGCCAGACAAGUGGUCUUCAUUGUGUCCCUUCUUACCCCAGUUUCCUCACACAGCACCUUUAUUUAGUCAGUGUUAAGUUUAACUUUGAAAAUACACCCUCCCUCUAGAUGAUGUCAUCUAGCAAGGAAAGGGGCAGUAACAAUUAGAUCACGAAGACUUAGUGUUUUCAUAUUGUCAGUUUAAAGUGUCUGUGAAAUCUGUGUGUCAUCUGUGUACCCUCUCGACAUAGAAACUGAUCGGACUCCAGCUCUUCUGCACAAAACAGAUGUGCAUUCUCCUCAGUUUCUGAUUUGAACACACAGGUAGGGUGUUUGUCUCUGUUGCAUGUUUUAUGCGAUACCAAUUAGCUUUUACUAAUCAUGGAUAAAUAGAAUUCAGUAUCUAUCUGUGAAUAAAAAAAAAACCCAACAACUGCAUAGCAUGUAAACUGAGAUCCAGGGCCAUGUGCUAUUAGGUGACAGGUCCUUUCAGAGGAUGACAACCAGGAGAUGACCUUUUUUCUGGAGGGGACACCUAGGAGACAGAGACAUACUCUGCUGUGAGCUGACACCCAGGAGACAGAGGCAGGUUCUCUUAAGGUGUGGCAGCAAGAAAACAAGGAGAGGUUCUGUCAGGAGCAACACUCAGGGACAUGGGUUGGAGUGACAGAGACGUUCUGUUGGGGCUGACACUCAGGAGAAAGAACAAUGCAAACGGUAUCUUAAGUGUCAGGGAAGGAAGGUAGGCAGGUAGGAGGUGCUUGCGAGCACUGACUCUAGUAGAAUACUUAUUUAUUUCUAUUUAAUACUAUAAGAUAAGCAACUAGUUAGUGGGAAUGUUUUACCAAAAUCAAAGCUCAAAUUACAUGUUUAAAUAUUGUUGAAAGAUCUAUAUUUAUACUGGAGUAUUUUUACACCUUUCAGUAUCCUGUCUUACACGGGGCAUAGGGACAUUACGACGGAUGGAGACAGCUAUGAAAUGGGCUGCACUUUCCUGUAGUCUCUUCCAGAGAGAUGACGGUGCCUGCCCUGGGCUAAGACUCAACCUUCCCACUUCGAGAGGCCCUGGGCUGCUUCAGUGCCUGUUUUAAUGAAUAGUCUUACUGGCACGCAACUGUACCCAUGCAUCUACAUACUGUUCUGUAGCUGCUUCUGGCAUUAGAACUGGCUGGGAAGAUUGAGGCAAAUGCCACGGCACAGACACCUAUGGUAUUUUCCACCUGUCCCCUUUCAGGAAAAACUGCCUGUCUGUCUGCCUGGCCCGCUCUCUCUCUCUGCAGACUUGUAUACUACCUGGCUACAGCAUGGGCACAUGGGAAAGUCCUGCCAACACCUUUUAAGUAUGGCAAGGGUGACAAUUUAGCUGUACUGUGAAGACAUCAAUAGAUGGAAUAUCCUCCCAACACUGAGCCAAACUGCUCUUCUUCACCAAUAUACUACUGACCAUUCUGAACUUCAUGGUUCAGGGGUGUGGCCAUCUUGGGACGCUUAAAUUAUCUCUUCCUUUAGACCUCUUAAACUAAACCAAGCCAAACAACAAAGGAAGCCUGUACAACUUAAACUUGAAAGGAAUAAUAUGCUACUACUACUAGUUUGUACUAAGUUUUUUUUCAAGAAAGGGAGUUAAGUUUAUAUAUAUAUGUGAUAUAUAUUUUUACACUAUUUUAUUAAUGUUAAGGAAUAUGGAGUGUAUCACUUUAUCAGUGUGAUGGGUAAUGUUGAUGUCAUGGGUGUUCUGACUCAGAAAGACACUUAUGCUGACAUCUAAACCACACUUGCUCAGAAUGUCUGUCAGGUCAGGAUGGCCCUCCUGUCCCUGCUAUAGAGUGCAAGGCAUCUAUCUAGUCACCUGUUGGACAUAUCAUUAUGGCCUGGCCCAUACUGCUUUAGUGAAACAGCUUGUGUCUAUCAACAUUUUGUUCAUUGUGUUUGCUGUUAUUAACAUUGUGUCAAGUUGGUAAAGUGAUGAAUAAAGGUGUUAAAAUGUG